GCAGAUACCGAAGCACAUGCGCUAUGGCUUCUGUUAUGGCUCUUGUAUUUAUAUAUAUAUAUAUGCUUUGACCUUAAGACCGUGUUAUCGGGAUGAUAAGAUAGAUCUCGUAACGUAAGUUUGACCCUCGAGUCAAAUAACGCAGACAUUCCUUCAACAUGGAACUCAAAUGUGCAGUUCAAACAUAUAGUUGGGGGAAAUAUGGUAUGAACAGUAUUGUUGCGUCUUUGAUAAAAUCAGCCAAUGCUGAUUUUGUAGUGGAUGAUGAGAAGACUUAUGCAGAAUUAUGGAUGGGAACUCACGAGAAUGGUCCAUCGUAUCUCAAGGACACAAAUAUUCCCCUGCAGAGAUAUAUCCAGGAAAAUAUUGAAACAAUAGGCAGUGACGUAGCAGAAAUGUUUGGUUUCAAUUUGUCUUUCCUCUUUAAAGUUCUAUCUAUAAAUAAAGCUUUAUCUAUUCAAGUACAUCCGGAUAAGAAAAAGGCUGAAGAGCUGCACGAGUUAUAUCCGGAUGUCUACAAAGAUCCAAAUCACAAACCAGAACUAGCAAUAGCUUUGUGUCCCUUUGAAGCGCUGUGUGGAUUUCGUCCAAUUGAUGAAAUAAAAGAUUAUUUGAAUAACAUACCGGAGUUAUUCGCCGUCAUAGGGGAAAUCGAUGUUUGUCUCUUAUCUCAAGCAACUGAUUCUACGAUCAGCGAAGCCUUGCAGCAGUGUUUUCACAAUCUUAUGACUUGUGAUUCCAAAGAAGUAAUACAGCAAUUGAGAGGCUUGACAGACAGAUUACACAAUGCAGAUAAUUCUUAUAGAGAAUGGAUUAAAGCCGAUCUAUUAGAGCGCUUGCACAGAGAUUAUCCUGGAGAUGUAGGCUGUUUUGCGAUAUAUCUAUUUAACUAUGUAACGCUGCAGCCAGGUGAAGCCAUUUACAUUGGACCAAAUGUGCCUCAUGCGUAUCUCUCUGGUGAUUGCAUAGAGUGUAUGGCGUGUUCAGAUAAUGUAAUACGAGCUGGACUUACACCAAAGCCGAAAGAUGUGAGAACUUUAAUCGAAGUGCUGCCAUUUGAAUCGCAUUCCGUAGAAAAAGUUCAACCAUCCCAGGAAGAUGCAUUCACUCAAGUUUUUUGUCCGCCAGUUUCAGAAUUUGCUGUUGCCAAAAUCACUCUACCACCUGGACGAUCAUCUUACAGUUUAAAACCGAGAAGCUCUGCCAGCAUCCUGUUAAUAGUGACUGGUAAGGUAAAGAUAUCUUUUAAAAUCUUUUCCCGCGGCUCCGUUUUGUUUAUUCCUGCCAAUGACGAAGUGGAGAUGAAAAUUUUGUGCAAUUGCCAUCCUAUGCUGAUGUUUCAAGCAUUUUCAAACGUUUGAGAAUGCAAAAUUCAGCUGACAAACAUUAACAAUGUGAAGUGCAAAAUACAGUUAAUAUUUUAAAGCGAUUGCCAUGAAAUUUUCGGUAUGUAUAAUGAUGUAAAGUUUUCUAUAUAAUUAUUUACUAAUGUACACGAGUUUCUCACGAAUACAUGAAGAAUUAUCUUCAGAAGCAUAAUCGUGAAUUGUAUAUCAUUCGGAAACUUUUUAAUACAAUAAUUACAUUGUAAGAAAUAUUAUUCGAUAAGAUUUAUUACUAAACGUUAUGUAUUACAUUAAAAAAAAUAUAUCUAACAUAUA